GUCUGUUGGCCUUCCAGGAGCAGGUCUUCUUUUCAGAUUGGGAUGUGCCGGCCCCAGAGCAGCUUUCCACCCGUACACAAAAUCUUUGUAAUAUGGGUAGUUCUGUUACGACACUAGUUGAGAAAUAUCAUUCUCCGUAAGGACAUAGCGUCCGGUUUUCUUCGCCAUUCUGACCCUUAGCCCAGCAAAGAAACAAAGUUGACUAUGACGUUCUCAGCCAUCUCCAGUACUCCGCAAGUUGAGCAUAGGGGAUCUAUGUCUUUUCCAAGGCUAAGCAACUUAGCAUGGAAACUCCGAUGCUCUGAAAAAAAAAACUCGACACCAUAGGACCUACAUUUCUUUCCUCUGAACCACUACGCACGAUCGGUACAAAUUGCCUCUAGUCUCACAUUUGUGGGGCAGGAUCUCGAUAAGAUACCUCACCUAUCCAAAGUCUUACCACGAUCGACGUUGCUCACAUUUGAUCACCUAUAAACACCUUAGCUCGUUAUACAAAUAUCAAUGAAGGUUGGUAACAAAUUCAAUUCGAAUAAAUGUUGCUUCCUCACUGCCAGAGGUAGGGAAGCUUUGCAUUUUAAUAGCCUUUAGUCAAUUGUUUACUGCAAAGAGCCAUUAGUAUAAUCUCUUCUUUUAUUUAUUGAAAGGUUAACCAUUCUGAAUGAGACCCAUGCUAGAAUAUUUUUUUUCACAUAAAAGCAAUACUGUUGCUUCACUUUAAAAAUAAAAAUAAAAAAACAUACUUUAUAUCAUGGUCACUGUGUGUGAUACUGUAAUUGAUGUGGAGUUCAUCGGUUUGGCAAAUGAAUAUUUAUAGAUGAUUGGCGAAAUCGCUAUCUCGCAACUUACAAUACGAUAAUGUUGGUUGUCAAUAAUUGGCACCUCACUAUUUCUGCCAGCUGUUAUAAACCUCGUAGUCCUAAUCAAGUUUAAAUUUCCUUAUUGAUGUGUUAAUAACCUUAACUCAUUCUUUUAUUUUAGAUAUUCCAUAUCUAAACAAACCCAUACGGACAUGACUAGGAAACUUUAAUAAUGACUCAUUUGAUGGAUUCGACUGGUACAAAAAGAAGCAAGUCUCUAUGCCUUAGCCUCAACUUACAAGUAUCAGAAAAUGAUUCCGAGGCUGAAAACCUGUUCGUAGGCGAUCUGACAAAUAGGACCCUAAAAACUAAAGGUGCUGACCGGCGAAGGUGGUUGGUGUUGACUAUCUACGGCUUAGCAGCCGUCGCUCAGGUAGUAAUCUGGAAUACAUGGAGUCCGAUUGCAAGUUCAGCAUUAUAUGCCUAUCCCUCCUGGAAUUCCAGUACAAUAGCCCUUUUGAAUAAUUGGGGAUGUAUCACUUUCUUGAUAUUCAUUGUUCCUUGUUGCUGGUUUCUUAAUACUAAAGGACUGAAACCAUCAUUUACAUUAUCCACCGCUAUGUCCACCAUCGGCACUGGAAUACGUUUAUUACCAGUUGAAGAAUCCUAUUUCACAAUAAUUGCUCAUUUGGGAGCUAUAUUUAAUGCUGUGGGUGGAGUGUCUUUAAGUCCUGCUAUUCUGUUACUAUCUUCAACUUGGUUUCCACCCAAUGAAAGAACUACUGCAACAGGUAUUGGCACUACUAUGUCAUCAUUUGGAAUUGCUGUUAGCUAUAUUAUAGGACCUUCAAUAGUGUCAGAGACAACAGAAACAGAGACAUCAGUGGAAGAAAUAUUCCGUCAUAGAAGAAAUAUAAAGAGGGAAAUAACUUUUCUGUGUCUAAUUGGAUUUGUUACCGAACUACUACUUCUAUUUCUGGUUGUGUUUUUCUUUCCUGAAAGGCCUUCACAGCCACCAAGUAGAUCUUCAAUUUUAAAAAAUUUACAGCCUGCAGAAGGAAUGUUAAGUGCCUUGAAAGAACUAACAAAAAAAUGCAACUUUUGGACUUUGGCACUGUCAGCAUCCAUGUUAUCCGGAAUUACUGGACCAUGGCUUUCAUUGCUAACUAUUAUAUUUGAUAAUACUGGAAUAACACAAAAUGAAACUGCGAGUCUUGGGUUUUGGACUAUUGUAUGUAGCUGUUGUUUAGCAUUAUCAGUCAGUAAGGUGUCUGAUUUCUGUCCAAGGCGUAUCAGAUACAUAUUAUUAGUCUUAGUAGCAAUGGGAGAUGUAAUGUUCUUUUGGAUUUUAUUAAUGACUACUCAUAAAGUGAGAUAUGUUAGAGAAACUCUGGCACUUGCUGUAAUUACCGGCCUAUCUCUAGUUUGGGCAGCUCCGCCAUUAUUUUAUGAAUUUGGAGCAGAGAUAACUUAUCCAAUUUCUGAAGGCAUAAUUGGUGGUAGUAUGAUGGCUCUCAACAAUGCUGUUGCUUGUUGUGUAUAUCUUCAACUAUAUAUAUUUCCCCAUAUGAAUGUAGCAUGGAUGAAUUACGCACUAGCAUAUUUUGGAUUAUUCUCUUUCAUAUUGCUGCUUUUUGUCAAAGAUGAAUAUAACAGACUUGAUGUUGAUCGUGGUUAAAAGAAAUUGAUUUUUAAAUAGUAUGAAUCAACAGUAAUGUUACUUACAGUGAUCUGUAUAUGUGCUAAAUAUAUAUUUACCAAAUUGUGCU